CCUCUGGAAACCCCGCAACCCUCUUUAGUUCCCGACGCACCCGAGAAUACCCUGCCUGCGAGACCCAGUAGUGAGAGCUAGGCCGCCGCCAUAGCCGCUCCUCCAGAACGUCGGUAUCGAAAGGCCGUUAUCCCCGUUAUAGUAGCAUACGUAUAUUUUUUUUUUUCAAAAUUUUUCAAUACCCGCUUCGACUACCGUGGACUUCCGACCCGCCCGACGGAAUAUGAAAUUUGGGACGGUGUCGUCUAUGCGAAGAUAGAUAAUCACCGACGCAGGUGGAUGGUUCCGAUUUUGGAAACCCUAAAAAUGGCUUUUGAUUAAAUAAACUGGAAUCGUCGUCAUCCCUAGACCGUAUGAUACAGUAAUGCUGAUGAGGUGUUACAGUGAAAAGGGAUCGUUCAAUAACCCUCUGCUUAAAUUUGCUAGUUUUCUCAAGAAGAAAAAAAAAGGAAAACGAAGUCGUAACGAUAACCGGUUUCGAUAUAACUUUUGACUUUUCGGUGCCAAACAGCGGGACAUCAACGCGAACUGGACGGCAUAAUGUUCAUCGAGGAUAGGUACAUAAAAGGGAAUUGAAGUGGCGGGACAAGGUCAUGUCGUACAGGACGUUAUCGUAAACCUUGGGAGAAAAUUUUCUUCCAUCCCCUGAGGAUGAUUUUAAGUCUUUGGAGACCGUCUGCAUUAAGGUCCUCCUCGUUAUGAUCGAAUGUUGGCUGAUCGAUAUGGACGGGAUUUUGAAACCGUCCAGACGGAAAAACGGGAGAAUUAAUUGACCGAAGAUGGCGGUAAAUUUUCAAACAGUCAAUAUCGUCGCCCGGUUCGCCGAUGAUUAACAAUUCGCGGAACAGUGUGAAAAAUAAAAUUAAUAAAACAACGAAAAAAUGAAGAAGAAAAACCUGCAGUAGCUGCUCUGUGUGUCACCAGCUGCGUUACCCGCGCGAGUGCUUCGGUUGAUCGAUCGACGGUUGCAGCGGCAGCAGCCAGUCAGCUUUUCUCUCCGUCACGAGAAACUAACACGAUAUUUUAAAACCUUUAAUGAAUUCAACGAUCCCUCGGGAGGUGGUUUGUCGCCGUCGGAUGUAUGUAUCUAGGAUCCAUUGGCAAGGUCGUCGGAAUGCAAGAACACCUCACAUCUCGCUACUUUGAAUCGGUCGUUUAAUUCAUCCGCCGGAGUUUGAUUCCCGAUCGGGGAUGAUCUGAAAUCCAGUAAAUUCUAAUAUAACAAACAAAUAGUAUAUCCCAGAGGAUUCCGGGGUUACGGAGUCUCGAUUUUGUUAGAAAUUCAACACUCGGAAUUUCCACUUACUCUACUCGGCCGGUGGAAAUUUCACAUCUCAUAAAUGUUCCACGAGGUGUCAACGUCUGACUUCAAAGAGUUGGUCGUAUGAUAUUCACAUCGUAAAAUAAUGAGCAGGAUAUUGUAAAGUUUUAGAAGAGGACUUCGCACACGUUCACGUUCGUGAAUGUGAAUAUUACUGUCAAAAGAUUGUGUCAAAUUCAAUAUUCAGACGUAAAAUUAUAAUUCUAUAAUCAGUGCCGUGUGUGCUCAUCGAUCGCAAUAUAUUUUAUCAACGUCCGGGGCAAGUGUUCAUCGCAAUCUCUUUGGAUUCUCCGCUCUCUGACGAUUCUCUUUUUUAUUUAUUUUUUUUUUUUUCCUUAUUUUCGCGAUUGACAAACGUCCAGAUUUUCACAAGCCCACCACUCGAUCGGAGUCCUAGUGAAAACGAUCGGAAAAUCUCUGCGUCACUCAGAUGCGGACAGCAUACUUUUCGGAGGGAUCAAAUCUCGACUCGAUACAUCGUUUACAUGAAGUUUCCGAAUAUCGCGGAGGUUCGUUGAGAAGAAGAGGGUUUCUGCGGGAAUUGAGACCAUAAUGCCGAUUACGGGGGUACGGUGACGUCAGUGAUUUCUCGCUUAGCGGGCUUCAAAGGUCUUCGGGAUCCUCGUCUCUAUUUCUCCUUGUAUUUCCGUCAGCCAUUUUCCUACGAUAAUCGUACAACCCACUUUCCCUUCGUCAAUACCAAAGUAACACGGUGACGCAGGUAGUCGUUCACCUAGCGGUCAUCGAAGAACGGAACGGAGACGAGAGGACGAAAAAUAAUUGGCAUAUUCACCGGUCGGAUAGUCGAAAGAAUUGGUCGGAAGCUGGAUCACCUUCGAGGAAUGUCGUCGAGCGCCAAACGGCUGGUGCUUUCGCUGAGGGGGCGAAGCACCGGCGGCGGGGGCGGUAGAGGAGGACGAAGCAAUUCCGGCGAUGGUAUUACCGGAAGCGGAAGUUGCGGAGUCGGCGGAUCCGGAAGUGGCGGUGCAGCGACAACGAGUGCUACCAGAUUGUGCCACUACGAUAGCGGUCAUGAACUCGAUGAAAUUUCGGUCGUUGGCGUUGGAACGAGAAGCGGGGAAAGCGUCACGCCGACCACACCGUGUCAUUGCAAAUAUGGAAGUGGACAGACGCUCUACAGCGUCGCUACGUCCGUACCUCCUGCACCCGCUGCACCUGCACCCAGAUGCGUACCUGGCAUCAUAACUUCUGCUGGUCCAGGCGCCGUUGGUGACCGAUUGGGUGACUCGACUUCAAUUUUGGGAUGCGGCGAUAAGAUGAGAGAUAAUUCGCCUAGAAUGCGGGGCGAUGACUCUAGCAAAAGUAUGGAAAGCGUUUCUAGAGGUGGUAAUAAUUCUAGGCAGAGUUUAAUCGACCUUGUUAGCUGCAAACUCAUGGGGAGACACACGCCCAGUCAUCAUUAUUAUCAUCAACAACAACAACAGGUUUACUCUGUGUCGCAGCGAUACUUUUCAUCAUCGAGGGACUCGCUGUCGGCAGCGUAUGUAAACAGGGCAGCUGCUGUAAGCUCGGCCGCUAGCGAACUAGAUCUUAGCAGGAAAACUAGGAGAAGGGACCUCAGAGGAAGACUCAAAAUACCCAACGCCAUUACCCUAUCAUCUUCCAGAGACGCUGGUGCUCAUCUUCAUAAUCAAUCAACGAAUCACCUCAAUAGUGCCAACAGCUGUAACGGGACUGAAACGAGAUAUACAGCUCAGCAGCAGCAACAGCAGAGAGGAAGCAGAGGAUUUCCAGGACAGCCUGGAACCCGGGGUUUUAGAACAGGCGCACCCAAUUGGUCUUUCGUUUUUGAUCCCGCGGGAAGACUCUGCUAUUACUGGUCUAUGGUCGUAUCACUUGCCUUUCUUUACAAUUUUUGGGUCAUCAUCUACAGGUUCGCCUUUCAGGAAAUAAACGGAGAAACUCUGAUAGUUUGGUUCUGUCUGGAUUACUUAUCGGACCUUCUUUACCUCGUUGACAUCGUCUUCCACUUCAGGACGGGGUAUCUUGAAGAUGGUGUUCUUCAAACUGACGCUACUAAACUCAGACACCACUACAUGAACAGUACCACGUUCUACAUUGACUGCCUAUGCCUGUUGCCUCUAGAUUUUUUAUAUCUAUCAAUCGGGUUCAACUCAAUACUAAGGAGCUUCAGACUUGUUAAGAUAUACCGAUUUUGGGCUUUUAUGGACCGAACAGAAAGGCACACGAACUACCCAAAUCUGUUCCGUUCUACGUCACUGAUACACUAUUUGCUGGUGAUAUUCCAUUGGAACGCUUGUCUCUACCAUUUGAUAUGCAAGAACAACGGAUUCGGUAGCAAAAACUGGGUUUUUGGUGAUUCGGAAACCGCCGAUGUUGUCAAACAGUAUCUACAGAGUUACUACUGGUGUACGUUAGCGUUAACAACGAUCGGUGACCUACCAAGGCCCAGGAGCAAAGGCGAGUACCUCUUCGUCAUUGGUCAAUUACUCUUCGGGCUGCUCCUCUUCGCAACCGUCUUAGGUCACGUCGCUAAUAUCGUCACAUCCGUCAGUGCCGCGCGUAAGGAGUUCCAGGGUGAGUUGCGCUUCUGAUAUUUUCUCGAACAAUAUUAUUUCGUUUUAUUGGUUUUCGAAGGCCAUUGAUGAAUUCAUCCUGCGCGCUAAUCCUUGCGCGUUCAAUCCCUGCAAUCGAUUGUUUUCAUACCGGAUUCAAUCAGUCAACGUCUGCAUGAAUAACUCGUCGAUCUUAAAAAUAAUAAAACAGAACGGUUACAAUCGGAGUUUUUAAGGUAAAUUUCAUUCAUCGAAGAGAAAACAAUGAGAACAAAAUCCAAAACUCUUUUGCAGUUAUUUGAAAAAUAACUGUGUCGGUCAUCGACUCCAGAAAUUUGUCGUUAUAUAAUACGCAUUAAAUAAAACGGAAUACAUUUCUUUCGUUUGUAAAGUAAAUAUUAUUCACGAAAAUUUGCGAUGUGGUAUAUAUUGUUCGAGAUGCGCAUAUUGGUACACUCAAUGCGUUCGUCGACCCUGUACCACAUGUGUGUAUACAUAUAUUAUAUGUGUAUAAAAUACACAUGCACGUAUGCACACACGUACCGUACGUAUACCCUCGUUGAUUUAGAUUCCGAGACAAUUUAAGCUGGCAGCUCGCACCGUACGGGAGUGUAAGGUUACCUACCCAAUCGCUGUAAGACCUGCGCCCUAAACCCGUCCCUUUCGCGAUAAAUUAGUCAAUCGAGGGCAGAGCAAAGUGGCCUCUAAGAUUACUCAGGGUAAUUGGAUUUCCAGAUCUAUAUGUAUCUGUCGGGGGCCUUGAUUCUAUUUAAUUCACGCCGCAAAAUGAAUAAUCGUUCAUCUACUGUAUACUCACAACAUAGACUCUAUUGCGCGAAGAGAACCGCAAUCUCUCCUUGUAUGUGAUUUAUUUUAUAUAAAUUAUGACUCAUGUGUUCUUUUUCCCCCUACCUUUUCUGUAGCUUUUCAAUCACUGUUACGUUUGUUUUCUGUGUUUGUGAAAAAGGUAUAGUCUAUGAAGUGAGAAAAAGUCUGUGAAAGGCUGGUAUGUGCAGACCUCUGAAUAAGAUAUAGACCCGCAGUGGAAAUAACGCCGUAACGCUGCGACACUCUACGGGAAAUUCGCGCUGCAGUCAUUGAAUACAUACCUACAUUUCUAUAGUAUUUUAUAUUAUCUGCUGGUUUUUUAUUUUCUUUCAGUCUUUAUCCGAAUCGUUGUCUCUCCAUAUCUGCAUGAAUGUAUUAUUGGAAUCGUGAUUUAUCGCAUUUGAAAAAAAAAAGGAAAAAUUACAAUUUGCUGACUACCCUCACAGUCACAACGCGGUCGGCAUGGCGAACCGAUUUUCAAUUAUCUCAAAACAUUUCAGUUGUAUAAAAUUAAGCGAUAAGUUCUUUUCAAAAUCAGGUAAUUGAAAUUCAUUAUACUGCAAAUUUAUGAAUAACAACAUAUAGCGACUUUUCGCGUUAGUGAAAAUGGGGAUGAUCGUAAAGAAUUAACGAGAAAAAGCGGAGAAAAAUGUAUGGAAAAGUGACAUUGGACAACGAACGAAAUGAAAAAAAUCCAUAACUAAAGUGUCAAAUGGUCAUGAUAUAAGUAACGGAUGGAAUUUAUUCUGAAUAUAUAAUUUUGCUCCGAAUUUAGAUUCAAUACAAACGGAUAACAUUCGGUCAAUUGAUGUACGUUCCACGGACAUUCAUAAUUUUUAAAACCUAGUCAUCAGGUAUAUCAAGCUCUAAAACAAGAUCAGCAUAGUCCUAAUACAGGAAAUAGCAAAAAUUCAAACUACGAAAUCAAAGACAGUAUUUUCUGUCCUUCCUUUUGUGUCUUAGGUACUUAUGUCUAAUGUUUUUCAUCACUAUCAUUCGAUAAUUCCAACAAAUCCUUACUCAAAAUUGGAAAAUUCUGGGAAACCAUAUCUUAUACUUUUCAUAAUUCAUCUUCUAACUUUUCAUGAGUUUUGAACAAAAAAGAAAAUUCCAUCAUUCAGAGAUACCUACAUCUUUACAACGUAAUAAAAAUUAAAAAAAAAAAUGUCUGGAUUGGGUAAGGGAUGCACACCGGAGAACAAUUGCAAGAAAGAUAAACUUUUGAAAUUGAGAAAAGCUGCUGCAGAUGCUGCUGAUUCGGCUUCAAACGGAAAAAAUAAUCAUUCCGAGAAAUCCGGCAAACAGCAAUUGGAUACAAAAGUUUCCGAAGUAACGACUACGGUUGAUAAAAAUUUACCGGAAGAAGAAAGUGGGAAUAAAUCAUAGUACCAAUAAACGAAUUAUCGAAUAUUAGAUUCGUAUAUUUCGGCUAUAUAAAGACAUACAUAUUUUCGAAGAAGAUAAUAUGAGUGCAGAAGACGAAACUCUAACUAGCGAGGAAAUGUCGGAAGGUGAAUGUAACUUCGCUUUUUUCCCGAUUAUGCGAUAAAAGAGGAUAUCUUAAAAUCUCGUGUACUUUGAUUCCGGAAAAUUAGAUGACCAUCAAGAUACGAAUGAAUCGGAAAGUGGAU